GGGAACAACACAGAGGGAUCCCAUGUCACCAUUAGAUUAAGGAAUAAAUUGCAUGGAUAUACAGAUUUACAAAACAAAAACAUCGACAGAGAAAAAAAGGGAGGGAAAAAACGAACGGAAGAAAUAACUGAGGCAGCUUAAGGAAUAACAUUUCUAGUCGUGCCCGGCAAGCUGCUUAUUCGGCAUUAAUAAUUUCAAACAGACCUCUCAGUCUGCAACUAAAGACCUGGUUCUGGUCUUUUUAACCCUGGACAACGGGAACAGGUGAAGAUACGGAAGAAAGGAUGCUAAAACUGAGAAGAAAGGGAUAGACUGUUAAUGGAGUGAGUGCAUGAAGAUUAAACAAAUAGAGAGAGAGAGAGAGGUGUUUCCCCGCUGCACGUUUCGCUUGGAUGAAUAGACUGUUUCGUUAAGGGAAUAAAAGUAAUUGGUUAACACGAGCUUUGUUAAAUAAUAGAAAUGCUUAUGUACCAGGGAAAUCAUUUUUGAUAGUAGACUUGUAGCACCUAUGUAUAUAACGAGAAUAAUUUAUUUGAGGCACAAGGAUAGCAAAGGUGCAACUUAGGUGAUGUAUUAUAAAUAGGCUGUAUUUUUUUUGGUAAGCUAGUCUUUGUAUCACUGACUACGCACUAUAGCACAGUUGCGUGAUUUUGAACUGGCCGGUGUUGUAGCAAGAAUAUAUUGCAUUAUUCAUAACUGUAGCCAUUUUAUAGAGAACAAAAUCUUAGGUUUCUGCACAGUCAUUCGGACCCACGCCAAGAGGAUCCCUCCGUUCAGUCAGAAAACGUAGUAAAUUCCACGUAGCAUUUUUGUGCAGUUUGUGUGUUCAUGUGUGUGUGUUCAGUAACACGCACACUGCACGCACGCGAACAGAGCCAGACCCAAAGCGAGCUCCUCCUCCCCCCCUCCCCGCUCGGUUCUCUCUCCUCCUCUCCCUCCCCCUGCUCCUCUAUGCUCAGUUCGGUGUGUGUCUCCUCUUUCAAAGGGCGCAAGGGUGGGAACAAGUCGUCCAACAAAGCAUGUUACAGCGCAGACAUGACUUGUCCGUCAGACAGCGAGAAAAUAGUGAUAAACUGCGGGGGGAUUCGGCACGAGACGUACCGCAGCACGCUGAAGACGCUGCCUGGGACCCGCUUGUCCUGGCUCACGGAGCCAGACGCGUUCAGUAACUUUGACUAUGACCCCAAAUCCGACGAGUUUUUCUUUGACCGUCACCCCAACACCUUUGCUUUCAUUCUCAACUAUUACCGCACAGGGAAGUUGCACUGUCCCAACGAUGUCUGCGGUCCUCUCUUCGAGGAGGAGCUCGCGUUCUGGGGUAUCGACGAGACGGACGUGGAGGCUUGCUGCUGGAUGAACUACCGACAGCAUCGGGACGCCGAGGAAGCGCUGGACAGCUUCGAGACGCCCGAGCCCGACCCGCCAGAGGACGACCCGGCGCUCACGGGAGGUGCGGACGGGGACUUGAAGAGGUUGUGUCUACAGGAGGAUGGUCGCAACCCCAGCUGGUGGAGUACCUGGCAACCCCGCAUCUGGGCGCUGUUUGAGGACCCCUACUCCUCCAAAUACGCCAGGUAUGUGGCGUUCGGCUCGCUCCUGUUCAUCCUCAUCUCCAUCUCAACAUUUUGCUUGGAGACACACGAGGCCUUCAACACCAUCUACAAUAAGACAGAGAACGUGACGGUGGGGAACGUCACGCGGGAGGAGAUUAUGUAUGAGGUAGUGACUGACAGCUGGCUGACCUACGUGGAGGGCGUAUGCGUCAUCUGGUUCACCAUCGAGGUGUUUGCCCGUGUCAUCUUCUGCCCGGACAAGGCCGAGUUCUUCAAGAGCACGCUGAACAUCAUCGACUUUGUAGCCAUCCUGCCCUUUUACCUGGAGGUGGCGCUGAGCGGCCUCUCCUCGAAAGCGGCCAAAGACGUGCUGGGCUUUUUGCGCGUGGUGCGAUUCGUCCGAAUCCUGCGAAUCUUCAAGCUUACGCGCCAUUUCGUGGGGCUGAGGGUGCUGGGUCACACGCUGCGUGCCAGCACCAAUGAAUUCUUGCUCCUCAUCAUUUUCCUCGCUCUCGGGGUGCUCAUCUUCGCCACCAUGAUCUACUACGCCGAGCGCAUCGGCGCCGACCCGGACGACCCCACGGCAAGCGCCCACACGACCUUCAAAAACAUCCCCAUCGGCUUCUGGUGGGCUGUGGUCACCAUGACCACGCUGGGCUAUGGUGACAUGUAUCCAGAGACAUGGUCUGGUAUGUUAGUGGGCGCCCUGUGCGCCCUGGCGGGCGUGCUGACCAUCGCCAUGCCUGUGCCCGUCAUUGUAAACAACUUCGGCAUGUACUACUCUCUGGCCAUGGCCAAGCAGAAGCUGCCCAAGAAGAAGAACAAGCACAUCCCGCGGGCUCCGCAGCCUGGAUCGCCCAACUACUGCAAGCCAGACGCCCUGGCCAUGGCCACUGCCUCGCCGCACAGGAUCAUGGGUAAUGUGCUGGGCAGUAUGGUGGUCUCUGGAAGCAUGGCAGGAGACUGUCCUCUUGCACAGGAGGAAAUCAUAGAGAUUAACAGAGCAGACUCAAAGCAGAAUGGAGAUGCUGCAAAUGCAGCUCUGGCUAAUGAGGACUGUCCCACCAUAGAUCAGGUGCUGGGGCCAGAUGACAGGAGUCCGGCCACCGGUGGGUUGGGGACAUGCACGGGGCGUGAACGUUACCCCCACGAUAGGGCCUGCUUCCUUCUCAGUACCGGAGAGUUCCGCACCACAGACAGCAAUGUCAGGAAAGGUUGUGUCGUGUCAUGCGUUUCUGCCGGCUACGAGAAGUCCCGCAGCCUCAAUAACAUCUCGGGGAUGACAGGGGCUCCCCUGCGCCUGACCCCCAUCACCCCCAUCAACAACCCACCCUACGAACCCUACGAAUCCCCCGGCCCCCUACGCCGCUGCCGAUCCCCCAUACCCUCCAUCCUGUAGCACAUCUUAGCAAAAUAAGUGGAAAAAGACACAGGCACCAUCAUACCGCAAUAGUAUUAAUAAUCACAAUAACGAUGCUAAGUACUCACUCCAUUGACCGGACAGGGUGGGGGUACACAGCACUCUUUUUAAUAUCUCAUGCCUCAAAGGGAACGGGAUGAAUUUGUUUAGGGAUUUAGAGCUUUAAGUACUAAAAUGACUUCAUUGCAUAUACUUCAGGCAAUAUUUCAGACAGGCAACUAAAAACAAUUAUAUGCUGUAACGUCAGCAAAUUAUGCCUUAUUAACGAAGAUAAAUAAGUAAAAAAAAAAAAAGAAGCACUGAAUAUUCUUAGGAUAAAACUCCUCACUGGACAGCGACAAGCACCCUGUAGGAAAUCCACCCCUGUAGUCGAAUGACAGUAGCCGGCUUUUCCUCAUGAUCCCGCCUGAUUGCUGGUUGUAUAAAAAACGAGACUGUGAUCCAGCAGGCUUAUUCAUCGAGUACUAGUCGCUGAGAUCAGCUUUGAUACACCAUAAUAGGCCUUGAAAAUCCACUUCAUAUCAAAGCUUGGAAUGAUAAAGGUCAUAGGUCACAGACGAACAUGCAAGUAGUUUAAGUGCAUGCUAGAAAAGACGUCAGUUAGGCAAGUAGACUAUAACUAAACUCCCAAUCCCCUUUAACUGCUAUGAGGAUAUGAAAAUAAAGCACCGUUUGCUGGACUGAUUAGAAUGAACAGAUAAUUUAGGCUAAUUUGACUGUGAUGAAGGAGUUUGAUGGUGAUUCAGGCCACAGAAUGUAAUAAGUAUUACGAUUAUGAGAAACACAAGGACACUUAGGCAUAAUUUAAUCACACACUGACUAUUUCCUACAGCAACAUUUAUUGUCACAAGCGUUAUUAUAAUUGCGCUCUUUAUUUAGAACAAAGUAAAUGCUUAAACCAUUCUUGUGCAAUAUUAUGACCUCUGACCCUGAGAAGCUGGAGAUGAAUCCUGCGAACUUCACUACGUGUGACUAUUAACUUUAACAACUAACAGAGAGACCGGGAACUGAUCGUUAUUUAAAAAAAGAAGCUAUUUUUGUACGGACGUUGCGAUUCGGAUCCGGGUUUGGAGCGCGGGCGGCUUUGAGUUGACAUUUUGGGAGGAUGGGAUAUCGUUCUGUUGCAUGGAGAUCUACAAUUACAUUUGUUUUUUGUAUUUUGACUCUGCGGACUGAACACCGAGUACCACGGAAUGAAAAAGAGCAUUGGUGUGGACAAAUGGCGAGAUAAAAAAAAAAAUAAAUGAGGAGGAGCCAUUUCUAUUAAGGGCCUAUAACCUUCUGCACUUCUUCGGGACCCUUUUCGAUUUGUAUACUAGUGCAUGAAGGAACUAACUGUCUUUAAAAUAUAUCCUUUCCUUACUAUGGUAUUUCCUCAUUAAUAUGAAGACAUAUCAAGCUGAACUGCACUCCUCACUGCAUAUCCGCAUAUCCUGGGGCUGUGGUGAACCAGACAGUGGCCUCAAAGUUUCCCUACUUUACUAAGGGCAAGAAUUAGCUGGACCUUUUCGUCAUCAUCACCAUCAUCAUCAUCCUCAUUGGCAUUAUCUUCCCUCAUCAUAUGAUCAUUUUCUGAUUACUGUUAUUCCUCUAAUUUGAAUGCAGUAGAAAAUCAGUUCAGUUUGUUUUCUCUUUGGUCCCUUUCUUUUCUUUCUCUGUUCUUUUUUUGAUUUAUUUAUUUUUUUACCUGCUCUGUCUCUUGGAUGCUGACCUUCGUUCCAAUAUAAAGGAGGGAACAUUGAAUGGAUGCUGGAUUGACAGCGGUCAGUAAGAGAAGAAAAAGAAAAGAUGACAAAAUGAACUGAGCCAUAUGUUUCACUGUGGGGGGGAAUUUGUGUCGAUCUGCUGCAUAUUCGAGUGCACAGAUGCAAUACACACCUCUGGUGAAGAUAUCUCUGCGAUGGCAGCUCACAAAGCUUCUUGUUGUCUAUUUCUCCAUGUGAAACAACAGACAACCUGGGGUACAAAUGACAAAACUUAGCGUGAUUUUACUGUCAUGCAACUGAAAUAUUUUACAUACCCAUGUUGAAUCAUUUAUUAAUUACUCAUCUGUAAUCAUUCUUCUGAAUUAAGCUAUAUAUAUUUUAUUUAUUUGCAUUUAGGUUUUGAUUUCCACACGUUUUUGCUAUUGCCAUUUUACUCGUUACACUCCUCUUUCCCUCCUCUCUUCUUUCCUGUUUAAAGUAGUUCACUGCUAGAGUGAAGAAAGUCACAGAGGUUGUUGAUUACAUGGAGUAUCUGCAUGGCAGCAGCGAACUAAUGUGUGGCACUGCUUUAAUGAGUAAAAAACAAUCAUCAGUCAUCUGCAUGUGCGCUGCACUGCUUUAUGUACGUGCUUCAUAUACAUUGAAAGCCUCAGGAGAGUGAGUGAGGCCCAUCUGGUGGAUGUACUGUAUGCUAUGCCACGUGUGCUUUGUAUAACUGGAGUGCUCAGUGUUUUAGGGAGAUUUUCAGAUCAGUGUUAUUUUUAUUUUUUAUUUUUUUACUUUGAACCAUCAGGUUAUUUAGCCAUUCAAAAACGAAACGCAGUAAGUGCACAAUUUUGUUGAACCAGACACACAACAUAUCAUCGUUUAAGAGCAUAACUUAAUUUUUAAAAAAUAUGCAUUGACUGUGUUUUGUCUUCGCAUGGCGGUGAGGCAAAUUACCUAACGUAGAUUUUUAAUUCUUUUAAAAGGUGUGUAUUAAAAUUGUAUGCAACAAGUGCGAGUGUGCAUUAUUUAUAGUCUUAAAUUCAGACAAAUGACCUUGUGUGUUUAGAGGGAGAGAAAGAGGAAGACUAAAAUGCCUGUGUGAUUCAGGUCCAGCCAAAAACACCGUUUUAUUUCUCGCCUUGUGUCUCCUCCAUGUGCUUCUCCUCCUAUUCAUCUCUCUUUUUAUUUCAGUGUUUUAAUGCUCUUUAUGAGGGUGUAUAGUUCAGGUCUUAAUGAUAUGUACAGUUUUGAAGGUUGACUUUGUAAUUUCCACAUGCAUGGAUUUCUAUUGCGAGCAAUAAGGAAAUUAUAAGUCUAUAAUGUGUUUUGAUAAGAAAAUGUAUUUUAACAUGUUUGUUGAUGAGUGUGUACAUAUGGAUGUGUGUAUUCAUAUGCACAUGCAUAUUAAUGAUUUGCAUGAAACAAAUGUACAAACUUUUUAUUUAUUUUUUUUUCCAUUGAUGUUUUGUUAUCAAAUCUGUGGGGCGGGGCUUACUUUUGCAUGUUAAGAUGCUAUUGGGUGGCAGAGACCAUUACAACUGUUGUAUUGAAUGUGGGGUUUUGAAUGUGCUUUUAACGAUGUACCUAAGUUUUCUUUUCUUUGUUAGACAUCCAAAGCAUUGCAGAUUGUCAUUUUAUGAUUUAUUCUUUUUCAUCUUUUCACAGAGAACUAUUCUGAAAGCCCAGUGCUUAUCAGAUAUAUGCAAAAAGAAGCAGUAACUGUGAACUAAGACUAGAACAGAAAAUCCACUUCUUCCUUCACAAAUACAUUCCCAAACGAACACCUGAGCCCCCGAACCAGCUUCAGCUCCCGCACAAGUCCAUUUUAGUUUGUAUUCUCAUCUCACGGCAUCAUAAAUCUCAUUCAGUCAUCUUAGUUUUGCAUUAUUAACGAGCAGAUUACUAGUUCCCUUUUCCCCCUCGCUCCCGUGUUAACCUCAGCUCUAGCCCCCACUGCUGGUUAAACGGGGGACGAACUGACGUAGCGUUCGCUGUUGUAGAUCAUAAGCACUCCUUGGUCACUUUAGAGGCUAAGAAUAUGGAUUUCAGCCCUUUGUGUUUACCUGUUAUAUUUAAGAUUAACGAAAAGAUUCUUUAGGCAUUUAUUUGAAGCAGAAGGAUUGAUUUCCUGUUCUCUCUUGUGCGUCACUUGUGCAACACCGGUCAGAGCAGAAAGGAAGAAGCUAAAGCUAAGAAGUCUGCUCACUGCAGCAAUGCAUGUUUCCACACAUUCAAGGUAGCUUGUGCAUUUUGUGGUUUCCCUGUGUGUAGUCUAUCCGUUAAGGCGUAGUCAGGGUGAACAGAGUGGAUGGGAUGGCUCCACUUUAUCCCUUUAUCUCAGUUCUAAAGUUGUGACGUGAACGAGACAAGCGUGCAACUAGUUAGCGUAGUUAGAGAAUGCCCUGAUAAGCAUAGGCUGCAUGCGAUCACGGAGGACGGUGUAAAUAAUUCUCCUGUACACAAACUGCAUGUGGAGUUAACAGCACAGAAGCGAUCGUUUGAUUCAAAUGUGGCAUUUGAAACGGGGAGAGCAGGUCGAGUUUAAACGAUUUUACCGCCAUUUUCCAGUAUCCUCUCUGUUUCUGACUUACGCUCCCCUGUCACUACUCAGGUAAAUCUCUUUUUGUUCGUCAAUACCAGUGCUUCCAAAAUGAUGUCAUUCGAAACAGAGAGGCAGAUGAGAACACCCUGUGUACGCAUGCGUUUGUGUAAAUACGAAAUUACGUCUUUUUUUGUUUGUUUUUUGAUUCAGGCGCUCAUUUCAAGUCUUCCUUUUCCACAGUGUCCUUCUCAUCCGUCAUUUCCAUCAUUUCAUUCCCAACUCUUACUGCUUCCAAAUAACAACCAAAAAGCCCGGAUGACAUUAUGAGAAACUGAGGAAAAAUAAUGAGUGAUUUGUUUUAAAAAACGAACUUUUCGAACACGGUCUGCCAUAAGUGGAUUACAAAAAACAAACCUGUAUGUGGAAUCAGGACGCAACCAAAAUCAGGAGAUGAAAGCAUGAGGGUCAGAUGAACAGAUUGUGUGUUUGGGGAACAGAGUUUUGGGAGGAUUGUCAACAAAUGAAGAAAGGUCGUCGUGAAAUGGAGGACAGUUUGGGGAAGAAAGAAAAAAAGCAAAGAGAGGAGGAAGGGAGCUGAACGCUUCUCAGUGUAAGAAUUGCUGAGCUUCUGAACUGCCCCUUUUCUAAAGCUCCCCAACCGCAAAACCUGUCCAGAGGCAACCCCCAGGGUCACCGCAGGAUUAGAGACGGCGAAAGAGAGAAAGCGAGAGAUGAAAGGAGUGCUUCGCUAAACCGACUUGAAGAAAACAUAACGCUCUCCAUCUCUCCAUCACUAAUUUUAACCCCCAACGUAGGUGCAAUAAACUGGGAGGAUGUGGAACACAUUCUUCCUGCAGGGAUCGCUGGCCUUGGAAAACGGGUGGGAAUCAGCAUACAAACUGUAGUAUGUCCUGACUCGACCUGGUGGAAAUGGAUGCAAUUUUAAAAUGACCGGAACUACUUUUGUGGGGCGUUCCACCAUGCACCUGAACGUGGACAAAAAAACCUCAAACCAGUCUCAAGACACACGUAACGUGUGGAAAAACACUCUUCAUGCCCUUCAACGCUAUGCAAUUCAACAAGUUCAUCAGACGCUUCAAUUGAACAGUUUAUCACCCAAACCUGUAUCUUUUGGAAAUCUUGCACGUGCUUUCAAUGAAAAUAGACAGCGGCGUCAUCGGCCUGCCAUGUUCCUAUAACGUACUGUUUCCCCAUUCAUCCAAUUGGAAAUCUUGUUCAGAGUGUCCUUCUCAGGGCUCACGGAAAGGUGACUUUGUCCGCAAUGAAGAAAAGAGUGUUAGCCUCUCUCUUUUCUCUCUCUCUCUCUCUUAGUUCAGCUCUCUGCAUCUCAGCAUUUCUGUUCCACUGUAGAUGAACUGCAUGGCAUGAAUGAAUAAAAAAAAACCUAAAACAAAAAAACAAAACAGAGAAAGAUGGUAGAGAUCAUGCUGAGAGGAACAAGAGGAUGGGACCGCUCUGUUUGCACAGUACAAUAUGGGUGACUCUGGAUCAGCGGAUGGGGUCACUUCUUCACCUUCGCGUGGGGAACGGAAAAUACAACACAAGUGCAUGAUACCUGUUGAAGGACAGAGGGGUUUUUAAGUGGACUGGGUGAACUUUGAACAAACGCUGAAAAAAAAAAGAGAAAAUUAAAAAAUGCAUUUUUCUCACUUUGUUUACCAGCAUGACUAAACUGCAUGACUUCUGCAAGCCCUGAACCCCAAAUUAGAGGGCUUGAAAUCACUAAACGCCGAAAUCAAAUGGAAACAAUAAAAGUUUAUGCUAAAUGCUACGAAAUUUAGAAAAAAAAAAGAAUAUAUUUAAAAAAAAGAGAGGCUCUAUAUUUUGUUUUGUUUUUUUGAAUACAAAAAAAAAGAAUAAUGUAAAAAUAUAUAGGAUUGCAAGAUUCAGUUUUGUUGGAUAAAAGAUUAACAAACCCCACUGAGUCUAGCUGAAUGACAAGAACUACUCCUGCUCCCUCAAUGGCUUCAAGUGACAUUUCUUCCCUUCUCUUUGUCCGCCGUUUCACCCUUUACUUGAACUUUCCUGGCUCUCUGCUCUGCCCUUCACGAUCUCCCUCAGUCAUGGCAGCCUCCAGCAGUGGCACGACAGCUCCUCUGGAGACCUCCGACACCUACAGGGCUCUUUACUUUUGACGGGUUUGGGUCUGAAGAGCAAGGUGGAAGGGGAUUUUAAGGCUGUGGGUGACGUUUUCCUUUUAAGUUGAGUCCUGGUGGAAAGUCUUGGGUUGAUUUGCGAUGCUUGCUCUUUUUAUUUCAUCCACAUUCCGUGGGUAAAUCAAAAGCUUUAUCCAUCGAAAGUGAGCCUGCGUCCACUUCCAAUGAAUAUUAGCGUCGUGUGAACUGCUGUGUCUUGAGACCCUGAGUACUUACAUCGCAAAGCACUAUUUGUCAAUCAGGAAGCCAUAAUGUGAGAGUAGCGCCACCACAUGAGCUCAGACGUGCUCAGGAGACAUGGUCUUGUAGUUUUUCAGUUGUGUUAAGAUUGUUUGAAAUGACAUUAGGACCAUUUUUUCAAGAUUUGCAUAUGCUGAGCACCCACUAAAACCAGCCAUGCCAUACCAAAAUGGACUUCCUUAUGAACUUAGCAGCAGAUUUCUGAUAUUAGCAUCAGUGUUAGCAUUAUCCUGUGUGAGAGGAGGCCAUGAUUCCACCAGUGUCGCUUUUAAAUCAUAGAUUACACACGAGUAACUGUUUGAGUGAAACUUUCGGUGUCUUCUUCAAGAUACAAAGCAUUGGUUUGGUGUUUUAAGGUAUGUUUAUGUUGAUUUAAAGUGUCGUUUGUUGUUCUGUCAGCGCUCAUUGUUCAGAAUCAGAUGUAAGCUUAGUUUAGUAACUACCUAUGCAACACCUAAGCAAGACCUUAGCAGCUCACACACACAAACUCACACACACACGAACAUAUGCCAUGUGCUCAGGCCAGCUGGCUGGUGUCUGUUUACCGGUGCUGUGUGUCCAGGGAGGGAAAAUGACACAGAUGCAGCUCCAUCAUCACAAGAGCCAGCGUUAUCUGCUGACCGUGUAGUUAGCAGCUGGUCCAAGUAGCUUGACGGUGCGACAGACGUGUGCAGCUGUAGUAGCCGUGUCGCUUUCUUUAGCGGUGCACUGAAUUCCCUCUCUCUUCUCGAUUAAUACGUCAGGCCUGUGUUAUGUUGUUUGCAACGUCUUUCUGCGUGGUUCACGGUGCGGGAAGACACUCAUGCACUUUUCGAGUUUUAUAUGUAAGCAUAUACUCAUCUCAGAAGGUUUGUAGGACAUUGUUGUAUGUGUGGUACUCGGUCCUCAUUUGCUGUCUGGUUAAGAUGACGUGUACCUCUCUGGUCGUUCAUAAAGUCCGAUUGGGUGGUGUUUUGGAGCAAUAAUGAUGGAGGGCCACCUUUUCUCCCACUGUCGUCAUUAGGAAUUGGGGGAUCAUCUCAUCCCUAAUAAGAAAUCCAGUGUGCCUGAAACUGUUCCCUGAAUGUGUACGCAAACCGGCCACAUCAAUUGAAGACGCUCUCUCUGCGAAUGCUUCCCACGAGAGCUCGUCUUUGCGUGAAUGCGACCGCAAACCCCUCCAGAUGGCUGACAGCUCAACAUACCUUUACUUGAAACCCAAAUGCAAAACAUAUCAGAGAGGAGCAGAACAAAGCCAGAAUCAGUCUUCACGCUUUCUCAGCUUCCUGUUUGCAUCCCCUCCGCAUCCCCUCCCCGCUCUCAUCUGUUCCCUCUCCUUCUCUAUUUUUGAGGAAGAAGCUUUUUUGCAUCCCUUGUUCUUGUGUUUUUCUAUCAUAUCGUUUGAAGUUGAAUUAUAAUGCAUGCAUGGAAUACAAUGAGGACAUAACUUGUGAAUAAUUUGUGAAUGGCCAGAAUGAGGUAACCAUCUCUUUCGCCUGGGCUCUCUACGCUGCGACUUCUCUUUCUGAGACACUUAGAGAGGAGGAAAGAGCAUUCGUUGUUUCUGGUUUCCCUCACAUUCCUUUUUCUUCAAGAUGUAGCCAUGCCAAAUAUAAGUUGUGGCUAUACGCUAGCCAUUCCGAAAGACUCUUGUUUAAUUUACAUAUUUAUAUAUUGUUUUUAAGAUGAUAUUUAUCUGUAUAUAUUUGUAGUGAAUAUUCAUCAGAGCUUCCAGACUCAGAGCUGAACAGAUGCAGCAGUUGUGAGGGCAAAGCAGCCUGCGUGUGUCUGGUGUAGUUUGUACCCAAUAUGCACUACCUGUCCUUUUCUACUUUAGUUACUUUAUGUAGCUUGUUUUAAGGGGGAAUUCAUUGCACUAUCACAGCUGAUGGAGCUGCUGUGUCUACUGCUGAGCGCAAGCCUAACCAUACACCCCCACUAAGUUAAGAAACAGGGACAGAGAGAAAGAGAGAGAGUUAGAAAGAGAGGCCAGUGAGAAAGAGAAGGUUCCUAAAAGAAAUGGAUGAGUUCUAUGCUACUAAGAUUGAUGCUGGAUACAAUUUUAUUGUCAUACAAAAAAAGGGAAAAAAAUAUGAAGAACUGUAUAAAAUAUAUUUCAAUGGAAUGUUUAUUAUUUACCUUUUAUAUUUUUGAAAUGUAUAAAGAAAAAAAAUUAAUAAACUGUAAUAAUUUAACAGAGUUUGUGAAAACUGAGACUUAAAAAUGUUAUAUUACUAAAAGUAUGGAAGUUUGAACGUGAAUGCUAACCUACCUGAUCAAAUCUUCUCCAUUACAGAUAGGAAAAAAAUUAAAACAAUUAGAAAAAUGAAAUCCAAUUUAAAAAGAAAAAGUUAUCAAAAAGUCAAUAAAAAUGUUAAAAGCUCAUGCCAAAAUUUUCAA